AUGGCGAACGAGGAGCAUGAGGGUGCAUCGAAAGAGGAGCAGCUUAUCGAAGCUUGCCGCAGAAAUAACGUUGAUCUCUUAGCCGAGAUCAUCGACAGCUGUUCGAGUGAGAGCGAGAUUACCCGUCUUCUAAACGACACAACAACUGUUUUGGGUAACCAUCUCUAUCAUGAGGCGGCCCUUCAGGGAAAUUAUGAGGUGAUUGAUAUGCUCCUUGACCAGCCCGAUUUUGAAUGCGACCCAAUUAAUCGGCGGGAAGGAGACACGCCACUGCAUUCUGCUAUCCGUUGGAUAAACCUUGAACCACCGGAGCAACGACCUUUCGGAAAUGCCCUCGUGGAGAUGAUGCUUGAAGCAGGCUCUAAUUCCCGUCUGAAGAAUAAAGGAGGCCUUACACCAUACCAGCUGGUCGAUCCGCUUAACAUCGGCCUUAGGCAGGUAAUACAAAAGAACGAAUACUCGGCCUUGAACCAAGGAGAUUUUAUACAAGCCGAGAUAGGAGAUGGCAGAAUCGCUUUUACCGAAGAGCCCGUCACGAGCGGCAAUGAUGAGGAUGCUGACUUCAGCGGAAGCGACGAAGAAGAUAGGGCGGAGUGGGAAAAUAUGAAGCAGGGGAAGAAACUGAGAAAUGAAUAA